GAGAUCUCUUGAGAUUAUUAUUGCCCCAAGACCUUAGUGACCUCCCCAAACAUUGUAGCCAAUCAGGUUUAAUGUUGAAAACCAGUUCCAUCUCAGUUGUGCUUCUUCAACUAAGGGAACAAAAGUCACCGAGCAAUCCUGCGACUGAUCUGGAUUCGACUUGUUGCCCUCCAUUGUGCUCCAAAAGAAGAAAAGGAACGAGAGACUUCCCCUCGCCAAACCUUGAGGUUGUUGAGCUUCUGAGUGGGGUUUAACAAGCCUUUCUUCUUUGUCGUCGUCUCCAUCCUUUGCUUUGGCCUUCUUUUCAUGGAUUAAUUUUCCCGGGAAAGACGAGUGAAGAAAAAGGACCUGAACAGAACCAACAGAAGAAUGACAUCAAAGCGAGGGGCGAAAUUUCAAUUGUGGGCUCAAGGAGGAGGAGGAGGAGACGAUGGAGACGAUGGAGGAAGAAAUGAAAUCCCUCAAUUUGGAGAGCAGAUGAAGGCCGAAUUCGGGUUGGCUUUCCAAGAGAUUGUGUUUUGCAAUCAGGGAUCCUAUGGCGUGUGUCCGAGGCGAGUCGUUCAAUACAAACACGACUUAGUUGACGAAAUGGAGGCAUAUCCUGACUAUUGGUUCCGAAAGGUCUUCGCUGGCAAGAGUAAUGAGGCUAGGAAGCAAUUGGCCAACUUCCUCGGGUCGGACCCUGACCAUCUUGUAUUUGUUCCCAAUGCCACCGUGGGUGUAAACACGGUGCUCAAGAGCCUCCAAUUUCAGCCUGAAGAAGAGAUCCUCCACAACAAUCAUACAUAUAUGGCCGUCAAGAAUACGGUGGAUGCCACUGUGACGAAAUAUGAUGCUGACAUUUUGUCCUUGGACUUCACUUUCCCCAUCGAGAGUGAGGAGGAAAUUGUGGAUCUCUACUCGGAGGUUUGUCAAAGGAAUCGUUCGAUUCGUUUGGCCGUGGUGGACCACAUUAGUAGCCCUUCAGGGAUCCAAUUUCCCAUCAAGAGGAUCGCCGAAAAACUGCAUAAAUAUGGAGUACUGGUCAUGGUGGAUGGCGCCCAUGCUCCCGGACAAGUCCCGUUGGACAUGAAGGACCUGGCUGACGCAGGAGUUGAUUUCUACACAGGGAAUCUGCAUAAAUGGCUCUUCACCCCUCGAGGCUGUGGCUUCCUGUGGGUCCAUCCCAGGCACCAUCACAUGAUUCAACCUUUGGUCACCAGUAACAUUUACAAAAAGUCAUUUGUCGAGGGCUUCCAGCUGGCCGGUACCGAUGACUAUAGCAACUAUUUGGCCUCGGAGGCCGCUCUCGAAUUCUUCAAUGGUUUGGGAGGUUUCGAGGGCAUUCAUGGCUAUGUCGUCCCUUUAUUGAAAUGGGCCCGCGACAUGAUUGGAGAAGCCCUUGGGACAAAGAAACUGCCAAUUCCAGCUACCAUGGAGUCACCUUAUCUCAAAGUUGUAGGUCUGCCGAAUCUGCCGGAUGGUCGCGAAAAUUGCUUCGAGACGGCGGAGCAACUCAUCAGAGAGAUCAUGGACGAAUACAACGUGGUGGUUCAAGUGGCCUGUUUUCAAGGACAACUCUGGACCCGAAUUUCGGGCAGUAUUUACAGUACCAAGGAAGACUACUUCAAGCUCCGGGAUGCAUUGAAGCACAAGUUCAAUGUACAGUAGAAUAGUCAGAAGCAAGUGCAUGAUCAAAGAUAUCUGGGUUCUGCCAAGAAAUAAUGACAAAUAUUAAAACUUG